GAGAACAACAUCAUGUUAACAUUACAGUCAUAUUCCAAACAUACACCUUUAAACGUCCAUGUUAUAUAAACACCUUUUCAAAAUGACGUAAGCAACUAUUGUGAAAGUUGCUGCAGCGAUCGUUAAUUAGAACGAGAAACGAUCUCAUGCAGGUGUUCGAUAUUAAGUUCCGUUGAAGUGUUGUGCUGUGUUUGUUUUGAGGAAGGUUUUAUUGAUAUAGACAUGUUUGCGUAUAAACUUCACACUGGAUUGGUUUGUAUAGUUUGUAUUAUGCAGAUGUGUAUUUCUGGGACGGAUAUAGACUCAUGUAUCGUAUACAAGAACGCAAAGGGUGACUUGGAGCAAAUUCCAAUGGAAGUUACAAACGGAACAGCAGAUGUAUCAAGAGGCAUUGACGUCAACCUCCUAACACGCGGACUAUGCACAAAGGCGUCCACAUUACACCUCACUCUUGUUCCGGGCGAUUUAAGUGCCCUGUCUGACACUCCUAGUCGGCUUCAUAUCAUGUAUUUGUUCCGGAAUGACACCUUGCUGAUGUCACAUUUCUGGUCUGUUGACAUAUCAACAUUUCAAAACUUCACUCAAAUCAACUGCUGGUUUGGGAUUCCAGUUUCAGACCAAGUGAUCAUUCAUGUUAUUGUCAAGGUCACGGGAAAAGACGAGCGUGAAGUAACCUUUAUCGGAGACAAACUUAUAAUACCAAAUUCAGACGCGAACACGUGUACGGGGCCUUGUCAGGAAAACGAUAUAGACUUCAAGACUAUCUACACGUGCCUGUCAAACUCGACCUUGACACACUCGGCGCAUGUUCGCAUCAUCGGCGUGACCUUCACUUCACUGAGUGGCAAUAGUAGAAGUCUGGCCAUCCAUAGACAGAGUGACCAAUAUACUACGGUGUACUUAGCGCAUGUAUACAACGAUACCGGAAUAAUGGAGGUAACGUACACGGAUUCAGAGUUAUACUGCAGCGUUAGCAAGGUAGUCCGACUGUUCUGUGAUUCAGCUUUGACGACCACAUCCCCAGCAGCAGACCACGAAUUCGAUUCGUUUGGAACGUUUGUUAUUUUCGGACUUGUGACGAUGUCGGUGUUCACGGUCAUAAUAGUUCUGAUAAUUUUUGUUAUACAGAAGUUCACCACAUGGAGAAAGUUAUGUUGCGACGGCAAAGAUAAGGCCAAGCAAGACCAUCAUCAGCAUAGGACCGCCCUCCUGUUAACAAACACGGAACGUGUUAUCAAGAAAAGUGCUUUGCGUAAAAUCGUUGAAAUCAAUGAACUCCAGUCGCUCGUCAACGAUGGCAGUUCUGAAAUUCAAAGGAAAUUCACACAUACGCGCACAACGAGUACAUCACAGAGCAACACCUCUUUUCCGCAAGGACUACGAUACGAUUACGAUAGCCCCGCUUGCGGUCGAAAAUUACAAAGGAGUGUAACGCAAGCCUUGUUACAAAACAUGGACUCAACGAGUACAUCUAUAUUACUGCUGCCUCUUCCAUUUGAUCAGUUUACAAGGGACAUUGUUGAACUUUUAGGAACAGUUUUAACCAUGGAGGCCGAUAUUCCUACGAGGUAUUGCUUCGAUCGCGAUGUUCAGGCGGAAUAUUUUCGAGACGCCCACGCAUAUAUUUCAGACGUUUGCUCGGACCAAACUAAACUUCUAAUUUUCGUUUGCGUUACACAUCUUGCAAAUUUACCACUCAAUAAAUCAGAGGAGCCUAUCAGUCUUAUCAACGAUUUACUGAGAGCUAUUGAUGUCCAAAAUAUAGAACCAAUGUGCAAAAUUGUGUUUUUACAUUUAACGGAUGACGAUAAGAUGUUGAAAAACAAGUAUCAUGGUUUAGAUAUACACAUCAAACAAGAGAACUCAUUUGAGAGGUUUCUAGCCGUAGUUUUGAAGGAGUGUGGAAAAAAUGCUGAGGACAAUAACUUACUGAACAAACUAGUAACUUGCGAAGCGGCAGAACAUUUUGUAAGAUACCUUAAAGAGGGGCAUAUAUGAAUGUUAAUCAUCUGUUUAAAUAUUUUUCUGUCUGUUGAAAUUACCAAUAACAAAGACGAUUCGUUUAACAGUUUUAAAAGAAGAUCAGACAUCGGAAGAUAAGAAAUCGAAAUAUUUCGUUCGAGAACACAGGAGAACAAUAGUAAAUGUUGUUUGUAUUCUGCGUAACUAUACGUUGUUCAACAGCAGUGUAAAGAUUAACGUGUAAUCGCAAUCAGUCAUACAUAAUUUUAAACUUUUUUGUCAUAUCAAUUUGCAUUUAUUGUUUUAUGGGUAACAUACAUUGGCAUAACUUGGUUUUAUAUGUUCAAUCGUUUUGUUUAAAUCCACGGCAUCUACACUUAAACAGUGGCCGGGCGAAUUCCCUUAAAAAAACUUGUAUGUUCUAGCAAAUAUUUAAUUUGCUUCACCAACGAUAUGUCAAUACAAUUAUAUUUUAGUUUACAAAAAGUAUAAAAGUCACUUGAACAUGCAGGUUUGUCAUCGAGCUAAUUAAACUUAGAUUGCAAUGAGACAUUUAUCCAUUUCAUAUCAUUGCACACACAGCGUAUAUAACGUCUCCUUUUUGAUAUGUAUACAAUUUUUGUUUACAAGUAUAUAUUGAUACUAGAUAUAGAACCGAUUGUAUAAUGAAUUAUGAGUGUAUACCUUAUGUUCCCACAUUGAAAUGCUGUUGACAAUAUAUAUCUGCCUAAAUUUUGUUCAAUCAAUUUUAUAAUUUAUUAAAUAUAUUAAAGUCAGAGCGAGCAUUCAAUCCUUGCA